AUGCCCUUUUCCACCUCCUCCUCGUCUACCGCCGAGACGUCGACCUCCCCGCUCGCAGAUUACUUCUGGAUAGCUGGUGUGGACGGCUCGGAGGUUCUGGACACUUUCCGUAAACUGGGGGAGGAAUACCGCAAUGCCAAUGCCACUUCGCCAGGCCCCGCCCUGACAGACACAAUCGAGGAAGACGCCGACGCCGAGGAUGCCCACGACCCCCGCUUCGACGGGCUUGUUUCUCGCAGCUCCUCUGUGAUCGGCCCUCGCAGUUCCUACCAGCGUCUCUCGUUUCGCUCCGAAGACUCAGAGCCCGGUACCAACGGCUCGCACAGUAACCGCAGCAGCAUGACGAUUAAGGGCGGCGGCGGCGGCAAUGGAAGUCUUGCAGCCCCUCAAUCCCCCCGUGCUUCUCAGUUUCUUGGGCUGGAGGAUUUCGAUUUUGAUAAAGCUUUGGUCAAGUUUGCCUCGGAGAGAGAGUCGUUUUUGUCGGACCUGAGUCUCAGCGCCGGUGCUAUCACUCCCGCGUCGCGGCCCCGGUCCAGGUUACGUACCCAGAAGAUUACCUCCGAUGAGCCGCAGCAGUCUGGAUUGCUUCGGUCUAGCAUUGGGAGCGUGCGGCGGCACAUGUCUUUCCGUGAUAUGAACAGUAUGAAGAGACAGCCGUCGGUUGCUCGUCAAGCAUCGAUUCGGACCUCACGACGUCUAAGUAACUACAAUUCCGUAAUCCCAGUUCCCCAACCGUUGGAGAUCUCCCCUGCCAUGCAUCCUCUGAAACGAAGGUUCGAACCUGUGCUCCUCGACCGAUACCCCCCGAAAGGAAUGUCCGAGGACUUGAAACAGCGUGCCACCUUCCCCGACUAUGUACCCAUGUUCGCAUUCCCGAACGACAUCAACAUCGUUUCGUCGGACCAGAGGCCGCGGUCGACGUGGCAUGGUUUCGUGAUGACGAGUGAUAACGGCUCGCGCCUGCAUGCUAUAUGCGCCAUUGUAUGGAUCCCGUUGAAUAAUGAAGCGGCCAAUCAGUUGGAGAAGUGCUGCGAAGAAUGGCGCAAGGAUAAUAUGACGGAUGAGGAACGAGAACUGGCAGCUAGUUUGGGGGAGCGGCUAGCCCAGGAGCGGGCCAAGCUCUCUCGCCUCUUGGCUAAACUGCCUACCGUACCAUCCGGAUCCGACUCGAGAGAACAACUGGAAGAUGAAAUCAGUGCAGUGGAGGAGAAAAUUGGCUUGAUGACUGAUCUUCUGCGCCCGGUGCGUCAUGGAGCGGCAUCCAAGAUCGAAGGACUGACUGAUGGAGACACUGGUUUCUGGAUUCCUCGUGCCUACGGUAUCCUGGGACGUGAGGAGAAUAUGACUGGUUUCUGGAAAGAAUGGUUGAAGGCCGUUAUUGUCCCGAUGACUGAUAACAACGUUCAACGUGUUCCACCAGCCUCUCCUCGUCUGGGCGUUUGGCAACCACUGGAAAGAUACGUGAUGAACCUGUGUACGGAAGCCUUCGCCCCCAACACCUCCAAAACCCAGGUGGAGUUGGCGGUGCGUGAACUCCGGCUUUUCGCUCGCAAGGAAGCAACCAAUGAGCUGCCAGGUGCCCGGAAUACCGACAUAUACGCCUUGUUCCGGACGCUCUCGCUUGCCAACAUCAUCAUCCUCUUCGAGUAUGCGCUCACCGAGUCACGCAUCAUCUUCCUGUCCUCUCACACGUCCAUGUUAUAUCUUGCUACUCGGGCUUUGGUGGACCUUCUGUUCCCAAUUCCUUGGUCCGGCGUGUUGAUCCCUAUUCUUCCCGCGCGACUGAUUCAAGCUCUGGAAGCGCCUUGCCCUUAUAUCGUUGGCAUUGAACGGCGCUAUGAGAAAGUUGAACUUCCCUCGGACGACUUCGUCUUGGUUGACCUUGACCAGGACCUCAUUGAGAGCACGGUGAAGCCAACUCCUCUCCCGCGACACCAGCGCAGGAAGCUCCAAUCCUUGCUCCAACUUUCUGCUCCCCUCCACAGUCGAUACGGGAUUCCCACUGGUCCUCCUGCUUAUGCCGUCGAGACCUUCCCGCACGACGCUUUCAUGGCCGAGAACUCUUCCAUCUACACUUCCAAGGCGCAGUCGACCAACCUGUCAAAGUACGUCGGCCUCAACUCGAAUUCCUUUGGUCAGGGUGCUGUUCCUCCGAACUCAACCCCACCACUUAUAUUCAACGCUUUCUUGCACGCCCGUAAUGAACAAGCGGCUUCAAGGGGGUAUUCCUCCAGGGGCUCGGAUCGACCCGGGACCGCAUCGACUUUCAAGCCUGGAUCCCCGCCCUCGCCGGGUGGUAGAGAUACUUCGCCCAUCUCCGGCCAUUUCCCACCACUGCCGACGACGCCCCGCAAUGACUCGGGAAUGGCCCUCCAGGCGUCUCUGCGCGAGAAGCGUUCUGGUCACUUCGAUGCCUCCUCUCGACGCAGCUCGUCUUUCGGAAUGGAUAUGCGCCAGAUUCCGAGACGGCCAAGCGCACCUUUCCUAGGACACGCGCCGAACCUGUCUGUGACUACAUUGAACACUGAUUUACAGUCUACCUAUGCCCCUUCGGUCUAUGCACAGUCCACAGUUGCUGCUUCAACCAUCGUUCCUCAGCCUGUAGUCCAGCCAAUCCACAACAACGACGGCACAUCCUGGGUGGAAGGGCACUGUUUGCAGCUCCAGCCAUGGGACGACAAGAUGGUUUGCUCUGUCUGUGAUGAGCGAGCCGAUGAGAACAUGUAUAGAUGUGCGUCUUGUAAAACGGUGGCGCACAACCGCUGCGCCCACCAGAUCUGCCUGGUUUGCCCCGUUGCAUUCCACCCGGACCAAGUGCGAGCUGCGUUUGUCCGAUGCUUCGCCAGCUUGUUCUACACCUACAAGAAGUUUCUUAAACCAGCAAGUGGCGACAAGAAGAAGGCAGGCCUUACGUACAGCUUCGACAUGGAUGCAUUCUGCAAGAGCUUGCCUGGUGAGCAUGCUGACUACAUUGGUAUUCUGUCUCAGACUCAAGGUUUCAAUGAGUUUAUCAGUGACCGAGAAAGGGUGAACCCCAAAAAGAAGGACCCAAGGAUAACUCUCUUCGACGAAAUCGUCCUUUCAAAGCGAAACCGAGGCCGAUCAUCCAUCUUUUCCGGAAGGUCCACCACCGACUUCCUGUCUGAUACGUCGAAUCACCUCUGGAGAACCGCAAGUGCCGCCUCGUUUGCUGCCAGCAGGACGCAGCCAAAUCUCUCCGGGGACUACACCCGAGUUGUCACACGAGCACCAGCAAAACUCGAUGCCAGUCUCAUGAAAGAGCCCCGCAUGAUUCACGGAGCUCCCCGGGUGUCGAAGACAGCCAACAACGCCCGACGCAAGCCCCUCCCUAAGCUGAUGAAUGGUCUCGCGAUCUCACCUCCGUAA